GCCAAUGGGUAUUCAUUGUGAAAUUACCACUCAAAAUUGAAACAACAGCGGCGGAUAGCCAAGUAAAAUCGUAACGCAAAACGGCAAAGUAAACGUUUAAAGUGAAUUACAAAAACAAUUUUGCGCGAAAAGAAUUUCAUAACAAUACAAGAGCAAAAAAAAAAAAACAACAAGAAAAAGAACUGAAAGCCAUUGAGCAAACAGCAAUAGUUGACAAAAGCAAAGCAAAUAAAAAAAGUUUAUUGAGACCAAAAGCAAACACUCGAACAUCCACAACAAGCCCCGUGUUGUCGUCAAGUGUAAUCAGAGCAGUAACUGAAAGUAGUUUUGUGAAAAUUGAUUCAUACAAGGAGAAGCAUUUAAAUUGCAACAACAAAAACAAUAUGGUCGUGGAAGCUAUGCAGAUUCAAUCCUAUCACCAACAACAAAACCCCCAAACCAAUUCGAUGGAUUUAAAAAUGGAUUACGCGAAAAUUGGACGCACCAUCAAGAGUGCCCUGAUGAAGGCCCAGACUGAGUCUCGUGUCAUUGUGGGCCUGAGUGCCGCCAUUAAAGUUCUAUCUAAGGCCCCUGAAGGUUCACUCUUCUGCCUGAUGGCUGUGCCACAAGCCGGCGACUCUGCCACCCACAUGCACGAAGUGCUGCUGGAAGCAUUUUGCUAUGAAAACGACAUCUAUGUCAUCAAGGUGGAUUGCCCCAUCAAAUUGAGCCGCAUUUUGGGCAAAACCAAUGUCGAGUCCUGCUGCUUGGUCCAGAAAACAUGGACCGGCGAACAUAAUGAAGAACAACUAAACAAACCCGAAUCUCUACUGGUUGAUUUCUGUGAAGCCAACUGGGAUGCUGCUGAGAAUCCAGUGGUGGAGCUACCCAAUGUGUGAGCCCUUUUGCGGUGUUAAUCAGCAGUACGAGGGCAUAUUUGAACAAUUCCCCAUAUCGUGUGGGAAUGUACCUUAAACUACUUGAGAUUAUGACGACCAAAAAGAAAACCAGAGAGAACGCUGAAAACGUUUGGACUUUAAAUAGUUGCUAAGAACAAUUCGAAGAUUACCCUACACGAUGAACGAUGUAUAAUCUUUGUAGCCGAAGCGACAAUCCGACGUUUAUGGUGUUCAUUAACAAACAAAUAAAUUGUAAUGCCAAUAUUUACAAAAACCAACAACAACAAUCUACAAUACUGGAG